ACACCGCCAAGAAGGAUGACAAUGUCGGCACCAUCGAAUCCUGAUGGCCGUAUUCAGGUCCGCGAAUCAUAUGUGCUACGCUGGUGUCUAUAAGAAUGCUUCAAAUGCUUCGGAUGCCUCAAAUACUUCGGAUGCCUCAAGUGCUUCGGGUGCCAGCCGGUCAGCAGCAUCUUGAGGGACGCAGAGAUGCAGGGGGCACAGGAGCACAGGAGACGGGAGCGGCCGCUCCCGAUGCAUGAUCGGCCCGCUGUGUGCCAACGAGGUCAGCUCUCGCUGUGGUGUGCUGGUGCCUCUGGUGCCUUUGGUGCCUCCGACUCUUCCCUGGAGCUCCUGGUGCUUCCUGUGUUUCCUGUGCUUCUGGUGCUUCUGGUGCUUCUGGUGCUUCUGGUGCUUCUGGUGCUUCUGGUGCUUCUGGUGCUUCUGGUGCUUCUGGUGCUGAUCUGGCCGUCGAUACAACGGCCGAGGCUCGAUGUUGCUUGGCGGGCCGAGAAUCCCUGGCGGCUUGACGUGCUGCUAUAUCUCAACGGUCUGGUGUAUGUUGACAGCGAUCCGAUCGUAGACGUCAUGCCGGCUGCGACCUCCGAGGCUCGAUACUACCAGAUACCGCUCGAUACUGCUCAAUGUCGUUCGAUGUUCGACCGUGCCAUGCCGAGCUGCCGAGCUGCCGAGCUGCCGAGCUGCCGAGCUGCCGAGCUGCCGAGCACCCGACCAUCGUGAAACGUACCUGGGAUGCCAAUAAACUUUUGCCACUGGAACGAGGUGAAGGAGUCGGAAAAGACGUGUGCUCGGCUGUCGCUGCAAGACGCAAUCCAGAUGCGAUCGAGGUGGAAGGUUACGAAUGGGAUGGUGUGUAGGGAGAGACGCA